AUGCGUCAGAUUCCUGUUGAUGGAACAGCGUCGCCUACCGAGAAUGUGGCCUUGACAGCCUCGACUGCUGCACCGAAUGGAGUAUCUCUUCCGUUGUUUCCGGCCUUUCAGCCCUCUCCUCUGCCAGGACAAUCACCGGUUGAUGUGCGAGAAGGAGGACGUGGACCAGGCUCGUGGUUCACCCGGUUGGGGGAUUAUAUACAGAAGAGAGUGGAGGUUACUUCGUGGUCCUCUCCACCGGGGUCUACUUCUAACCAAGCGAGUGUGUGGCAUAACAGGAGUCAAGUGCAGACUAUGAUGGUUGCGUCUCCUACUAUGGGAGAAAGGAGGCCCGAGUCGAACUCAAGCGGAUCCGCAGGGAUACCUCAAGAGAUGGUUCAGGCCGAAGUGGCUCGGCAACUGGACAGCGCGAUGAGCGAAGUGAUGAGUCGACUGCAGGACGAGAGGCUGAAGACUGAGCGAGCAGCUUUGGAGGCGCGGCAGCUACGGGAACAGCUCGAAAAAUUCGAGUCUCAGUCGCCGAGUGGUCCACGUGCAGCGGCGUCGGCUCGGGAUGACAGUGUCUUGGCGACUUUGGCCCGAGGCAUAGAAGCGCUACUGCAACAGCAACAGCAAGGACCCCGGCAUGAUCGUCCCGAAACGGUUAAGCCGGGCAUCUCUGAACUUCCCCACCUUCCGGAGUACCAGCCGGCGACGGGGUCGAUAGACUUGCUUCACUGGUUGACGCACAUAGCACCAAUGAUGGAGGAUUUGUCAGAUACCAGCUUGCUUUGGUGGCAGCAGACGGUCAAGGACGCCCUCACAUGGUAUGCCCAGUACUCAGCGAUCCGCGAGGAGGUAAUCGCUCAUGGGCAGAUGUCAAGCUUGGAUGUGCUGUGCAAACUUUACUCGGUGUACCAGCCGGGUAAUCUGCAGGAGAAGUCGUUGGUUCUGCGGAUGUUGGAGGCGGCUUCCUUGGGGAUGACGGAGCCCGAUGCGUCGGUUCUGGUGAGGGGCUUGGACAAGAUCACGGCGCCCAUCAUCCAGGGGAGUGGCGAGCUAUCGUUCCGGGUGAGCUUGAUCAGAAGUACUCUGCAGGUGGAUGUGAGUCCCUCUUCGUCUACGGUGACCACCUUUCACCAGCACCUCCAGGCCGAGAUGGAACAGCAGGCCAGAUUCGGAGUGGCCAAAGGGAUUUCGGAUGUUUCUCCUGCGAUACGAGCGGUUACCACUGGCACCACCGUGAGGGAGUGUCGAGCUCCCGGAGGUGGCCAGGCAAAGUCGGCAGCUUCGCGUACUGAGGCGGCGGGUCCAGGUGAAACGGGAUCUACGUCACCAACGGCUUCUGCUUCGGACUCCCCGGCGAGGAAAGUGAAGUUUGAUGGGGAGCAAGUGCAGGCCAAAGUGUUUCAAGUCCUCCAGGAGGUGAAGAACAUUCCUUUGUUCAGGUCAGUGAUGGACACGGUGAGCCGGUGGGCGUCCCAACCUGUACCGCCUUCCCCUAGGGCACGAUCGGCUUUGUUGGACUCAGGUGCAACCCAUGUUCUACGUGCGCCUGCUGAUGAUCAAGAAUGGGACCGAGCCAAGGAUGUGAAUGUUCAGUUAGCGGGCGAUGGCUAUGCGGCCAUGCGGCAAACACCCGCAGGUACGAUACUCAACGAUGACCAGAUGGCUCAGGAGUGCUACCUGUACGGCGAGGACGGUGAGAUCAUCAACUUGGAGGUGGUCCGCGGAUGUCCUGAGGUGAGUGAAGAGGUUGCAAAGAAGUUGAUUAUGCGGUUAGAGGAAACUCAACUUCCUCAGCUUCAGGAUGCCACUGCAGCAUCGGCUAAGGCACUCAGCUGUGUGACGUCGAGUUGGUGGGUUUGUCUCAUGGAGUAUGUGAUGACGGGCAGCGGUGAAGCUGCUAAGAUGGCAAUCAACAAGGCCCCCUUCUUACUGUACAAGGAUGUGUUGGUGGAGGCCCUGGCAAUUUCAAGACCGCGGAAGGGCAUCUGGGAGCUGUUGAAGGCCAUCAAUGUGAAUAGGCGAACUCGCAAGCGCCUGAUGAACUCUUCCUCGUGGGUGAUUCGUUGGGAUCCUCCGGCGGUAGAUCGACCUCGGGAUGCCUUGAAGCAUUUGGGAAUGGCCAAGGAGACCAUGUACAUCAACCUGAACACCUUGCUGAUGGAGAAUGAGUUUGAGGAUGUGUGGAAGGUUGUGCUAUGGGGUGCAAUGGAUGGAAAGAUCAGCACCGUCGUGGCAAAGGACAGUUUGGGGUCUCCGAUGGACCACGUGGUUGCAGCCCCUCAUCGCAGCAAGGUGCAUUAUCUACAUGCGCUGGCGACGGCAGGUCGGACUGCCCAUGGUCAGGGUGCUGUGAGAUUGUUGGUGGAGGACCUCCAUCGAGUUCAGCGAGAUCAGCGCGAUGGUGUUGAAGAGAGUAUGUGGCCGGCAUGGUCAAUGUGCAAAGAUGCCAAGGAGUACAUGGCUGAAAUGGGGAUUGUUGAUAUCUCCAUAGCUGAGUUCACGGGCGAGAACUAUGUGAGGGUGGCCCGUCUUGAUGGAGAUGCAGCGUGGCGCUUGCAUGUCAUGCGGGGGCAUCAACCUUUUCGUCGAGAUUGUUCGGUUUGUGUUCGCAACAGUGCCACAGGCAAGCAGCACCGAACAACUAUGCACCCGAUGGCCUACACGUUGAGUGUAGAUGUGGUGGGACCGUUGAAGGAGCAUGGGAAGUCACCAGAUGGGAAGUUCUUCAAGUACUUUGUCAUUGGCGCCCUGAGAAUACCUAAGGUUGAGGGUGGUGAUGGACAUCCAGAAGUUCACGGGCAUCCCAUCCCUCCAGAUGGUGUUGAUGAAAGCGAGGAGGAGAUCCUCUCAGAGGAGGAGCGCGACGAGGAGGAGGCCGUUUCCGAGGGUGACUACUGUGAUCCUGCUGAGGUCGAAAAGGAGAACGAGCGGUGGAAGGAGUUGAGGGCUACGUUUAAGGAGCCCAUUGCUACCACCACCUUGUACUUUGCGGUUCCUGUUAACAACAAGAAGGCUGCUACGAUGCUACCGGCGGUGCAGAAGAUUGUCUUGGAUGUGAAGGCCCUUGGCUACCCGGUCACAAGGUUGCACAGUGAUCGUGGUGGUGAGUUCAGAGGUCACUUGGUGCGACGCUGGGCCUUAUCCCAAGGCAUGUGGCCUACUACGACAUCGGGGUCGGAGUCGGCAUCCAAUGGAGUCGCUGAAGCAGGAGUGCGAUACCUAAAGCGCAGAGCUAGAGUGCUACUGGAUAGCUCAGGGGUGGGUCGGCAGCACUGGCCUACGGCGGUUCAGCAUGCAGCAGCUCAACAACGUUGCGACCAACUUGGAGUUCUACCUGCGCUCCCUGUUGCCUAUGGUACCAAGGUGUAUGUGAAGACCAAGAAGUACAAGACUGGUGCAGUUGAAGACUUUGGACCGCAUUGGACCCGGGGACGGUAUGUUGGACCGUCCACAGACAUUCGAGGAGGUCAUGUUAUACUGAAGGACUCGGGCACCUUUGUACAGACCACCCACGUGAGAAUUACCAGGGAGCCACCCCCCUUGGAUACCAUUGCACCGACUGUGGUUGUGGAGCCUGAAGCCAUUGAGAGUCCGGUCCCUGGAAGGGAGGAACCUCCUCUACCACCACCAGAUAUCCCUCCACCUGAAAGGAGGCUCCGAGCGAAGACUCCGCGGGCCGCGAAGCUUGACGAGCUUUAUGAGCCCUGUGUUGAGCUGUCUGAGGCUACCCAGGGCAUAAAAGGUUCGUUCGAGGAGGAGCUCGAGUUGAAGUACCUCCGCCUGGAGGAGAUUGAGUACCUGGAGGGUGUUGCGCGUGGCUUGUAUGAGGGUAAGAAGUUCUCCAAAAAUGAUGGCCACAAAUUGUUGAGUUUGUUUGCGGGGACCUGUGGCAAUUUAAAGGUCCCACGUGCUCCAGAAGGGCAAGGCUUGGUGCUGGGUGCCUUUGUUCAUGGAGGGUCAUUUGGAGUGACUCGUUAUGGUCGAGACCUACCAUGGGUCAUGAAGUACUUCAACACGUACCUCUAUGAAAGGAUGAAAGCUCGUUGGCCACAUGUGCGUCCCACUUGGACUACUCUAGCCCUUCAAUGUGCAGAGACUAUUCCUCGUCACCGUGAUGUUCACAAUGAGAGAGCGACGUUUAACUACGUUGUGGAACUGAAGGCUGAGGAUAAGGGAGGGCUGUGGGUUGAAGACAAGGGCCUCGAGCGCGGUGUCGUUGGAGGUGAACGUUUGGAAGACUUUCAGUAUGAGGCGCAGGACGGUGCGGUGUAUGACGGUUUUGUGGUUGAUAUCACAGAGCAGCCAGCGGCAUUUAGUCCUAUGACCCCGCACGCCUACGUCACGAAUGGUCAUCGACGGUGGUUCUUGAGUGCCUACACACCACAGGGGUUUUCUCGGUUGAGUCUUGGUGAUCAACAAUAUUUGCAACGUGCUGGGUUUCCUCUUUGUCAAGAAGAUGAAGAUAACCAUGGAGUGCGGGAAGAGGCUCCUGCACUAAAGGCUGCUGACUUACCUUGUGGGACUACGUUGAGCGGAGCUCAUGGUGCCCCUCGAGAUGUGGAAGUAGCUACUGUGGGUGAUUGUGAAGGAAGCUUCAGCGACUGGGCCAUCUACGUUGAGGACUAUGUCGAGGAGGAGGCAGAUCCGGGAGAAUGUGAGCAAGUACGAUGCUUGAGGAGGAUUGGUUCUUCCGAUGAUCCUGGUGAUGAGCUUUGGUCUUUGGUUGAGGCAUCGGAGCUGUUGUCCGAGGAACAGGUUGGCCCAGAGGUUGUUGAGAACUUUGGUGAGAGGCUGGAGCAUUGGAGCUCUAUGGGAACUUUGGAGGUUCCAAGGAUUGCAAAGCUCGAGCCUGAGUACACCCCAGGCAUUGAGGAGAUCAUCAAAGGAGCAGUGGAGCAGCGGUGUCCGCUUCGCCAUACCUACAAUGUGAGCCCACAUGAGGCUAAGGCGGAGAUUGAAAAAUGGCGGGCCGCGAUAGCCAAGGAGGUGGGAGUCGUUGAGAAGGGAUUCAAAAGGAUCCGGGCCGACGAGGUCAAUGAGAUGAAGAAGGAGUUCACUGUACAGGAGUUGCCCUCAAAGUUAGUGUAUACCGUGAAACCUCCGAACACCACACCUACUACAACUUCAGAUUCGGAGGAUGAGAGUUUGUACUGUCGUCGCAAGGCUAGGGUGGUGUGUUGUGGCAACUUUGCAGACGAGGAGGGUUCCGACCUCUUCGCCGGAGGCAUCGCCGCCGAGAGCAUGAGGUGCGUGCUCGUGUACACGGCAGACCAGGGCUGGAUGGUUGGAAUAGUUGAUGUUACUGGAGCAUUUAUGCUCACUCCGCUCCCCCAAUCACAAGGGCAAGUUCGUUACAUUAUACGCCCACCAGCUGCUUUGGUGGCUCUCGGUCUAGCUGACCGAAACGAAAGGUGGCUGCUAACGCAUGGCAUGUACGGCUUGCGUCAAUCGCCCAGGCUUUGGGCAGACUACCGCGACACCGAGCUGAAGAAUAUCACUGUGGAGUAUGACGACAAGGUCUGCGGGUUGAAGCAGGGUGUUGCAGAGCCGAAUAUGUGGUUGGUGUAUGAAGUGGGAGCACCGCUAGAUCGACCCCCUGAAGGCUUGAUUCUGGUGUACGUUGAUGAUAUAAUGCUAUGCGGACCUAGAGGUUUGGUGUGUGCGGUGGCGGCUAGAAUUUCUCAGUUGUGGAAAACUUCGGAGCUGGAGUUGCUGACUGCAGAGCACGACCUACGGUUUUUGGGGUGUGAAAUAUCAACGUCCGAGGAUGAGAAUGUGUUCUACCUCCACCAGCGGCCUUACAUUGAUGAAAUUCUUCGCCAUCAUGAGGUUGCGGCUACUAUGCUGUCACAAGUGCAAGCUCCGCGGGAUAUGGUGACCUUUGAAGCCUUUGAAGGAGAAUCCCCGGGCACUCCCGAGGAAAUUAAGGCCGCACAACGGCUGUGCGGCGAGCUGUUGUGGCUUGCCCAGCGUUCAAGGCCGGACAUAUGCUACGUUGUCAGUGCUAUGAGUUCGCUUUUGUCGAGGGCGGCUGUUCGGUGUGUUGCUAUCGGUACAAGACUUUUGGCCUACUUGCAGCAGACUAAGAACUUGGCGCUGACGAUGAGAGCUACCACCAGCGAUCGAGCUUAUCGCCUACUCGGACAGCUCUUUUGCCCCGCAAGGGAGCCGAAGCUUCACUGGAGUGGUACUUAG